AUGAAUCCCUCCACGCUGCUUCCCAGCCGCUUUCGCGGGGAGCCUGCUCCGACCCAAGCCGCGGCCCCGUCACGUCUGAACAAGCGCAUCACCCCGGUGCUCCAGUUCCUGGCCAAGGUGGCUUGUUCCCAUCCUAUACAUACCAUUGGUGUCAUUGCCCUCUUGGCCAGCACAUCCUAUGUUGGCUUGCUCCAAGAGACCCUGCUCGGCAACACCCCCAGCGUGAGCAAGGCGGAAUGGGCGUCGCUGGCUGAGGGCAGCAGAGACUUGAUAGCCGGUCCCGAGACGGGCUGGAAGUGGCAAAACGUGGAACAGAGCUCUGGCUCUGUUGAAGGAGCCGACCACCUUGCCCUCUUGACUCUUGUCUUCCCCGAGAUCGUCUCCGCGGACUCGGCUGUUGCUGCUCCCCAUGCCCACGCUGUGCGUACUCCCCAGAACCUCUCCAUCACGGCCCUGCCCGCCACGAUCAACUCCUUUGCCGCCUAUGCGGGUGACAGCGUCUUGGCGUACUCUUUGCCCUAUGAGCAGGCACCGGAGUUUGUCACCGCUGUACAGGAGAUACCCGUCGAGAAUGCCCAGGAGAUGGAGACUCAACAUGGCCGUGAGAAGAAGAUGUGGAUCAUGAAGGCUGCCAAGGUCGACGUGGGCAACAACCUCGUGCUGCGAGCUCGCGAGUCUUGGUUCAACUUUCUUGACCUGCUGAAGAAUGCUGGCGGACUGGACAUUACCAUCAUGGUUUUGGGCUACCUUGCCAUGCACCUCACGUUUGUCUCUCUGUUCCUGUCCAUGCGCCGACUGGGUUCCAACUUCUGGCUGGGCACAACCACGCUCUUCUCUUCUACUUUCGCUUUCCUCUUCGGCUUGGCCGUUACCACUAGUCUUGGUAUUCCCAUCAGCGUUCUUUUGCUUUCCGAGGGCCUUCCUUUCCUCGUCGUCACCAUUGGCUUCGAGAAGAACAUUGUCCUCACCAAGGCUGUGUUGAGCCAUGCCAUCGAGCACCGCGCGCAGGAGACGAAGAAGGGUAAGCAGGUCAAGCAGGAGAAUGUCAUCUCCUACGCCGUCCAGGCUGCGAUCAGGGAGAAGGGCUACGACAUCGUUUGCGACUACGCCAUGGAGAUCUUCGUCCUGAGCCUUGGCGCCGCCUCUGGCGUGCAGGGCGGUCUCCAGCAGUUCUGUUUUCUGGCCGCCUGGAUCCUCUUCUUCGACUGCAUCCUGCUCUUCACCUUUUACACGGCCAUCCUGAGCAUCAAGCUGGUCAUCAACCGCAUCAAGCGUCACGUCGAGAUGCGCAUGGUCCUCGAGGCCGAUGGCGUCAGCCGCCGUGUUGCUGAGAAUGCCGCCACCAGUGCUGAUGGCCCGACCUCCAAGGAGAAUGCGCUGUUUGGCAAGAACGUCAAGAGCACCAGCAUUCCCAAGUUCAAGGGCCUGAUGGUCUCUGGCUUCAUCCUCGUCAACCUCAUCAACGUCAUCACGAUCUUGUUCCGCAACGGCGCUUCCAUCUCCAACAUUCGUUCACUGGUGGGCGGACUCAGCGGUGUCGUCUCUACUCCCCCCAUCGACCCGUUCAAGGUUGCGUCCAAUGGCCUCGACGCCAUCUUGGACAUGGCCAAGGCCAAGGGCUCUGCCGUCCUCGUGAGCAUCAUCACGCCCAUCAAGUAUGAGCUCGAGUAUCCUUCCGUUCACUACGCCCUGCCUUCAGCCACCGGGCCAUCCGAGGGCGAGCUUUUCGGCGUUGGAGGCCGUGUCGUCGGUGGUAUCCUCAGCAGUCUCGAAGACCCCGUCCUCUCCAAGUGGAUCGUGGCCGCUCUCGCCCUCAGCGUUGGUCUCAAUGGCUAUCUCUUCAAUGUGGCCCGGUGGACCAUCAAGGACCCCAACACUCCUGACCACCAGAUUGACCGCAACGAGCUCGCCCGCGCGCAGCGCUUCAACGACACCCCUACCGCCACUCUGCCUCUUGGCGAAUAUGUGCCCCCGACCCCUCAGCAGACUCAGCCAGCCACUCCUGCCAUUACGGAUGACGAGAGCGACACUGAGGCUAAGAAGCCCAAGGUGGAGGCUGAGAACCGCAGCUUGGCCGUCCUGGAGAAGAUGCUCGCCGAGAAGCGCGUCAGCGAGAUGACGGACGAAGAGGUCGUCGAACUGUCGAUGCGCGGCAAGAUCCCUGGUUAUGCCCUCGAAAAGACUCUCAAGGACUUUACCCGCGCCGUCAAGGUUCGCAGGACCAUCAUCUCUCGCACCCGAGCCACUUCUGAGAUUACCAGCGUGUUGGAGAACUCGAAGCUGCCUUACCGACACUACGACUGGGAGCGCGUGUUUGGAGCCUGCUGUGAGAACGUCAUUGGUUACAUGCCCAUCCCCGUCGGUGUCGCCGGUCCUCUUGUCAUUGAUGGACAGAGCUUCUUCAUCCCCAUGGCUACUACCGAGGGUGUCCUUGUCGCCAGCACCAGCCGAGGCUGCAAGGCCAUCAACUCUGGUGGCGGUGCCGUGACUGUUUUGACUGCUGACGGUAUGACCCGAGGACCUGUUGUUAGCUUCGAGACCCUGGACCGCGCCGGCGCUGCCAAAAUCUGGCUUGACUCUGAGGAGGGCCAGACGACGAUGAAGAACGCUUUCAACUCGACGAGCCGAUUCGCCCGACUGCAGACGAUGAAGACGGCCAUUGCCGGCACCAACCUGUACAUCCGCUUCAAGACGACGACCGGUGACGCCAUGGGCAUGAACAUGAUUUCCAAGGGCUGCGAGCACGCUCUCAACGUGAUGCAGAACGAGGCCGGCUUCGACGACAUGGUGAUUGUCUCUCUUUCCGGAAACUACUGCUCGGACAAGAAACCCGCUGCCAUCAACUGGAUCGAAGGCCGUGGCAAGAGCGUUGUUGCGGAAGCCAUCAUCCCCGGUGAAGUCGUCAGGAGCGUCCUCAAGACGGAUGUCGACUCUCUGGUCGAGCUCAACACGUCCAAGAACAUGAUCGGAUCUGCCAUGGCUGGUUCGAUUGGUGGUUUCAACGCCCACGCCGCCAACAUUGUCGCCGCCAUGUACCUCGCCACUGGCCAGGAUCCCGCACAGGUCGUGGAGAGUGCCAACUGCAUUACCAUCAUGAAGAAUCUCCGUGGCUCUCUCCAAAUCUCGGUUUCCAUGCCCUCUCUGGAGGUCGGUACUCUUGGCGGUGGCACCAUCCUGGACCCCCAGGGAUCCAUGCUGGAGCUGCUCGGCGUCCGAGGAUCUCACCCCACCAACCCCGGAGACAACGCCCGCCGCCUUGCUCGCAUCAUCGCCGCAGCCGUCCUGGCGGGUGAGCUGUCGCUUUGCAGUGCCCUCGCCGCCGGCCACCUGGUCAAGGCUCACAUGGCGCACAACCGAAGCGCCGCACCUUCAGGGGCCCCCUCAAGAGCGAUGACCCCGGCUCCCUCGUCACAAUCCUUGGCCAUGUCCAAUGGAUCUGCGGUUCGGAGGUGA